CUCCUUUUCAACUUUCAAGCAUGUGAUUUAUUGUUUAUAAUUUAAAAAAAAGAGUAUUAUUAUGUGGAUCAGUGAACUGUGACGAGCAGUAGAUUUAACCUAGGAAAAAAUGGAAAAUAAACAUGGUUAUGUCACGUCGGCUCUGUUGGCAGGUGGUUUGGCUGGUACUUCAGUAGACAUAGCAUUAUUUCCUCUUGAUACAGUAAAAACACGGUUACAGAGCGCUCAAGGAUUUUUGAAAGCAGGUGGAUUUCAUGGAAUAUAUUCAGGGAUAGGAUCAGCAGCACUUGGCUCGGCCCCUACAGCUGCCCUGUUUUUCCUGACUUAUGAAAGUGUAAAGAAUAUAGCUGGAACAGAAUCACAAUUGUCACCAGUUGUUCACAUGUGUGCAGCAUCUGCAGGUGAAGUUGGAGCAUGUUUGAUACGUGUGCCAGUCGAAGUGGUCAAACAGAGAGCACAGGCUAACAGACACAAAUCAUCUUUACAAGUUUUUAAAGCUACACUUUCUACCGAGGGUUUUAGAGGUUUAUAUAGAGGGUAUUUUAGCACUGUUGUUAGAGAAAUACCUUUUUCAUUCAUACAGUUUCCUACAUGGGAAUAUUUAAAAAAAUGCUGGUCGAAACAUCAAAAUACUCCUGUAGAACCCUGGCAGUCUUCUGUAUGUGGAGCCGUGGCAGGAUGUACAGCUUCUGGCAUAACAACACCACUAGAUGUAGCUAAAACUCGAAUCAUGCUAGCAGAGAAAGGAAGUGUUUUGUCCAAAGGAAGUAUAGUGCAUGCAUUAAAAGUUGUGUACAGUGAAAAAGGAUUCAAAGGGUUAUAUAGUGGGAUAUUACCUCGUAUGAUGUGGAUAUCUAUCGGAGGAGCAAUAUUCCUUGGUGUCUAUGAUAAAGUUAAGAAGACAGUUAACACAUACUAUAUGAAGAAAGAACAUGAUGUUACAUGAUGUAUGGACGAAUAUUAGGAUUUUAUUAUUAAGAUAGAUAACUGUGAUUAAUGUUAAAGAAUUUUGUGAUUGACAGAGUUAUGGGAUCUUACUGGAGUUAUUGUUUUAGAUAGACUUAUAUUUACCCCUAGCCUGCUGGCAGUGACAAAUUUUAGUCAUCCACCCAGUUCAUGUGACAAACUCCUCACAGUGAUUACCCCCCUUGGCAGAUUAAACUGAUAAGGGGAGAUUACUGCGAAAAAGAUUGGACCAGAUCAUGAUCUGCAGUGAUCCCGUAUCUGUCAGUAUAUAUUUUGAAUGGUUAGGUACAAAUUGAAAGAUGGAACAUGUCCAUUUAAAACAUUUAGGGUAGUAAGGGUAAAAUGAGUCUAGGACAUAAAGGUUUUUUCAUAUUACAUAAUUUUUAUAAAGCCAAAAAUGGCUGAUAAGCAGUAAAAUCAACAUUUUACAAUAAAUGUGUAAAAAAAUACAUGAUUGUUGUAUUAUAUUGAACUCAAAAUACUUUGUAUUAUAAUAAGAUUGUUAUUUAUACAAGAUGUAGAAAUGAAACUAGUGUUUUAUUAGUGAAUUAUGAACAGUAAUGAAAAAAGUUUACUUUUUUAUAUGUAAAUAAGUUGACGUGAAAAGUCCUUUUGUUAAACAUAAUGUCUUAAUAAUCCAUUCAUGAACUGUGAUAGAUAAAUAAAUAAAUAAAUAGGUUGAAAAUAAUGUUUUGUUUUAGAACCUGUUGUUAAUAAUUAUAUAUUUACAAGUAACAAUAUUUGAUUAUUAAUUGUAAGUUAAGAAUAAUUCAUUUUGUAAGAAAAACAGUACACAUGAACUUUAAUUGUUAUUCUUAAUGACCCCUGUUGUUAAGCGAUACAUCAAAAAUAAAGAAUGUUUUACUUAAUUAUA